AUGUCUGAUUCUUCCACUACCGCCGUUACAUCGCCGUUACCAACUCUUCGCCGCCAUAACUCCAUAACGGCCACAACACCCAACAAAUUCCACCGUUCAGCAAACAAGCCACCCCUCCGGACAACAAGCUUAGAUUUGGAGCUUCUCUUACUCAAAUCUCCUUACACUUCAUACACAUCACUCAGAGACAUGCUUCCUUCUCCUCACGCUGCCGUCAAUUCUCCGACAACCUCAUCCGCCACCAUCAACUCCGGCUACGAGAUACCAAUCCGCAACCAUCUCGUUAAACAAGCUGCCUGGGCUUAUCUUCGGCCCAUGUCAUCUUUUCCAACAAACUCCUCCACACCUAAUUUCCUCAGCCGCCUCUCCUCCGUCAAUUCAAUAACAUCUUGUUUUAGUUCAAUGAUUUCGGGUUUUACCAGAAUUUUUCAUCAAAUACUCCAAGCUUUCAAUGGCCAAGUAAGAGCAUAA